AUAUUAUAUUCUCCUCUUCAUUUCUUCUCUUUUUUUAUUAAUAUGGUGUGGAAGCAGUUGAAGACUUCAACAGUGUUGGAUUGCGAAGCUGCCCAAACAUUUGGCGUUGUUUGUGGGAACUUGAACAAGAAGUUAUGUAGCUUAACCUGCUGAAAGACAAGAUGGUCCGUACCUUUACUGGAAGUCGCCCUCUAAGAAAUGAAAUGGAUGAGCAAGAGGACACUCAGCUAUCUGAGCUCGGCUUCAAUGAUUUUAGGCCAAUGUUGAGAAACCUUUUUGUUGGAGGAGCAGAACAAGAACAACUAAGUGGAACAGAUGAUGAUGAAAGAACACCAACUGGGUCAAUAGAGCCUGCUCGGACAACCGAGCUCGAAGAGAGAACCAAAGUUCUCGAAAUGGCAAUGGGUAAAAUCCUUGCUCGUCUGAUUCCUAAUGACCCCCUAAUUCCUUUGUUGAAUAGGGAUGCACAACCAGCCGCGCUGUGGGACGUACAGAAAUCCAUUGAAGAGCUGAAAAGCCCCAGGUCACACCAACAGACCCUUGACUUGGAUAGUGCCCCACUAAACCUACCCAUCACAGCAGAACCAUAUCAAGAGGGAUUCAAAAUCCCCCACCUGGAGACAUAUGAUGGCUCGGGCGACCCAGAUGAGCAUUUGCAUACUUACCAGGCUAUCAUGAGAAUCCAAAAUGCCAACGAUGCCAUGAUGUGCAAAGUGUUUCCAACGACACUAAAGUCAACGGCCAGGCAAUGGUAUCAUAAACUCCCCAGACACUCUAUAGAUUCCUACUCCCAGCUCGCUAAGCUAUUCUCUAACAAAUUUGCGAGCCAAAGAGAGAUCAAGCAUACAACGACCGAGCUAAUGCAGGUUCAUCAGAAAGAAAGGGAAUCUCUGAGGGACUACAUGCAACGAUUCAACAAGGCUACUUUAGACAUUGAUAAUGUCCCCGAUACCAUCUGCUUGUCUACCUUACUACAUGGUUUAAAGCGUGGUCGAUUUCUAGACGACCUGCUAGAAAACCCACCAAAGACAUGGAACGAAAUCCGUGAGUUUCUCCCCUGCACUGCCGCCGGCUUCUCCCCCUUGCUAGGCCCGGUUCUGCAGUUGCUAAAUUCUGUUACUGUUCAAGUCGUGGUUACUGUUUACGGCACUGUUCAUGGGUUCCCGAUCGUUCUGUCAGUUAGCACUAAGAUUGAGUGCUCGGUUUUGUGCGAGUGAGGUAAGUAAAUUUAUGGUAAUGCCCGUAUAGUUUUUAAAAGCAUGUUUUGAUUUGUUUUUGAAGUGGUGGCGGGACUAAACCCGUUUUACACGAGCAUGACUAAUUUGAAGUGAAAUGUUUAUGUUUUUCAUUAAAUUGAGCAUGCCUAC